AUGAGUAUAAAGAGGAAAAAGAGUGGACUGAUGAUCAAUUGGCAGAAGUCAUUCUCCAUUUUGGCUCCUUGGAGAAGAGGCAAAGGAGACCGCGACACAGUACUUGACAGUGCAGUUGUGCUGACUAAAAUGAAGCUAUUCAGAAACUUUAAUGAGAGGCUUUUCGAGGAGGGUACCUUCCCUCCUACCCUCUCAGCAGCCUCUGAAGAGAAGGACUCACAUCAUUCCAAAGAACCUUUUGUGGAGUCUCAAAUUGUUGACAAGUCAGCACAGCUUCAAGCCUACACCAGUACAGACUACCUGUCCGACAUGUUCUCAGACUCUCAGCUAACCAGGUUGUACAAGUUUGAGUCAGAGGACUCUGGAGUGGAGUUGUCAAGCGGUCACUCUCCAUCUACUCCGACAGGCUCUGACCACAACUUUGUUGUCCACAGUCGUGAAUCAUCUUGUGACUCGUCUAAUUUAAACAUGGACCCGACAACAGAAUCUGAUGAGCAAACAAGACAUAAACAGAACUGUGACAUUUCAAAGGCCAAACUCGAGAUCAGCUCUUCAGUCUCAAGAAAUGAACUGAAUAUUUGUGAGGACCUGGAAAUGGAUGAGUGCAGUAUGUCACCAAUAAUCCCUGCGACGGAUGAGGAAAACCUUGAGAAAACGGGAAAAUUUGAACAUGGGAAAGAAGUCUCAUUAGAAACGUCUAACAACAAGGCCGAGAAUGACUUUGAAACUUCACAGGAGAGUAGCACCUGUGAUAACUUUGUCAAAUACAUGAACACAUGCUGCAUACUUAAUGAGACACACCAAUCAAGCUGCAAUCCUUUGGGGUCAGGACUUGGGUACCUAGAGCACAUUUGCCAACUCAUUGAGAAAAUUGGACAGCUGCAGGAGAACAACCUUCGCCUUCAAAGGCAUAUCUGUCGCUUGCAGAAGGAUGGCAGAAUGACAAAGACUAAAGAGAUCGGUGAUUAUGACACAUGGGACAGAGUCAAGCACCUGGUGAAAAGAACGAAUGUGAGGAAUAAGAGCAAACUAGGAUUAGUCAGAACCCCACUAAAGAUGUCCUGUCCACAGCUGUACAGCCUGCAAAACCUCACAAAGAUAACAAUAAACCCCCCUAUUGACUGGGCGGCACACUACAGUGCAAUGCGUCACUUCUACUCAGAGCUUCAAAUGCUCAUCGACAGCGUGGAGUGA